AUGGAACCUACACAUAAACGUCAUGGAAGGGACAACGUCCGGAUAUUCAAGCCCCUCCUUCGUGCCUAUGCACUCGGGUACCUGUCUUCUGUCACCCCGAAACUCGCGUCUUAUGUACGUCGACUACGUACUAAAGACUGGACAGCCCAACAAAAACUCCAAGAGCUGGUUAAAGUCUUAACUGGACCUUUACGUGCUAACAGUUUCCCAACAUCUUGUGCUGCCUUGGUAGGCGGCUCAACCCUACUGCCAAUAGGAUUGAAUCGUCUUUGCGCAUUGAUCACAGCAAGGCUUUUCAAAGUUGACCUUCGGAUCUCACAAGGGCUCGACCGUUUGAUUCGAUUCGUGAUCUCUUUCCUAUCGGGAUGGUUCAGUUUCCAACUUCUCAACAAAAACCGCACCUGUCUACCGAUAGAAGAUGUCAAAGCUACCCGGGACUCUGCAGACCAGGGGAAAGAUCCUGGUCGUGUACUGGCCAAUCCACUGGAGCACCACCGCCCCGAAUUAACAGGGAGAACAAUGGACCUGACAAUUUACAUGGCCACCAGGGCAGCAGAUGUGGUCGCGUGUGUCGCAUGGAACCGAUGGUCCCGUCGCCGCCGGGCCCAGAACCGCUGGACAAACAUCGAAUCCAUUGUUCCUGGCCUAUUUGACGCAAGUACUUUUGCCAUGAGUUCCGCUAUAGUCAUGUGGGCAUGGUUUUAUCUCCCAGAAAGACUUCCCAGGGCAUAUGAGAAGUGGAUUGGACAAGCUGCGCAGGUUGACUCACGUUUGAUUGAAGCUUUGCGACGCGUCCGACGGGGAGUCUUCGUGUAUGGAAAAGAUACAGGCCAGGCGCCUCUUCUUCAGUCGAUGUGCAAAGAUUAUAACUGGCCAGUGGAGUGGGGCGAUCCAGCAAAGAUGAAUCGGAUCCCCUGCGAAAUGGUACACAUGGGCUGUGGGCCUAAUUGCGAGAAACACGCGCUGUAUCGAUUUGCCAAAACCUUCAAAUUUGCCUGUGCGACCUAUAUCCCCCUGCAGAUAAUUUUCCGCCUACGGGGGAUGAAGUCUGCAACAGCCCUCCGCCGAGCUCUCACAGAUGCAGCCCGAUCAUCCGCCUUUCUCUCUUCAUUUGUCAGUCUUUUCUACUACGGCGUGUGUCUCGCUCGGACUAGACUUGGCCCUAGGAUCUUUGACCCGAAGACAGUCACUCCGAUGAUGUGGGACUCGGGACUCUGCGUCGGCAUGGGAUGUUUCAUGUGUGGGUGGAGUGUAUUGGCCGAGAAAGCGCGGAAGAGGCAGGAGUUGGCACUAUUUGUGGUACCCCGGGCUGCCGCCACCGUUUUGCCACGGUUGUAUGAUAAAAAGUAUCAAUACCGAGAACGCGUUGCAUUUGCCCUUAGCGCUGCUAUUGUUAUAACCUGCCUUCGUGAGCGGCCCAGCAUGGUGCGAGGAGUCUUUGGGACUAUCCCACAGCGAUCAAUCUAUCUCCGCAAGAGCGUAUUUGAAGUAGAGCGGAGGCACUUCUCGAGGAAUUUCUUGCAGCAGGAACAACGCAAUUCGUCUGCGGCGCCUUUUAAUACUCUGGAGUCGCAGAAACGCAAUACUUCUACUAUGUACUAUACUAUCAGUAUCAUUCUCGGAACGGUUGCCCUCGCAUAUGGAUCCGUCCCUCUUUACAAAAUGAUCUGCCAGCAAACUGGCUGGGGUGGCCAGCCCAUCCUCACCCACCGCACCGGCGACGGCGACACUUCCGCGCGUGUGACACCAGUCACCGACUCCCGCCGUCUCCGCAUCACAUUCAACGGCUCGGUCUCAGAUGUACUCCCCUGGAAGUUCACUCCCCAGCAGCGCGAGGUCCGAGUACUACCCGGAGAGACCGCGCUGGCAUUCUAUACGGCGACGAAUAAGGGCCCAAAUGAUAUCAUUGGAGUCGCAACAUACAGCGUCACGCCUGGUCAGGUUGCGCCGUACUUCAGCAAGAUCCAAUGCUUCUGCUUUGAGGAGCAGAAGCUCAAUGCUGGAGAGUCGGUCGAUAUGCCUGUUUUCUUCUUCAUUGAUCCCGACUUUGCUACCGAUCCCAAUAUGCAGGGUAUUGAUACUAUUACCCUGUCAUAUACCUUCUUCAAAGCGAAAUAUGAUGACAACGGUGUUUUGAAGCCUAUUUCGUCAUAA